GUGAGUGACAAGUGAUGAGAGAGAGAGAGAGAGAGCUGAGGGGAAAGCAACGGGACGACAGGGGAAAAGCUAGCGAGCGAGCGAACAAAAGCGACCAGCUAGCUCCGGCAGCACCCACUACGCCCCCUUUCGCCAAUCUACUCCACUUCACUCCACUGUAAAUCUAUCUAUCUGGGCCUGGGGAAGCAAGGAAUUUGAAGUCGACAUGAGCUAGGGUGAGAAGCCAAGCAAGCAGGCGACGCAAGAUCGACGGCUCUCACCACUCUCCCCGUGCCAGGACUAGGAGGGACGAUGCCGCUCCACCUGCUCCUCCUCCUCCUGCUCCUGCCGUCCGCCGCCGUGGCCGGCAAGGCCCGCCAGUCCUCCUCCUUCGCCCUCGAUUUCUUCCCUGGCGACGGCGCCAUCGCGCAGCUCGCUCUCACCGGCGCCAACGCCACCUCCGCCGGCGACAUCUCCAUGCGCUCCCCGCGCGCCCGGGUACAGUACCACAAACCCAUCCACUUGGCCCCCGUCGCCACCGGCUUCUCAACCUACUUCUCCUUCUCUCUCCACCCUAGCCCCAAAUCUCACGCCGCCUCCAUCGCCUUCUUCCUAACGCCCGCCGCGCCCUCGCCCGCCGUUAACGCCCUCGCCGUCGUCUUCGCCGCCGCGGACUCCAGCCACAUCCGAGUCCAAAUCGACCUCGCCGGUGAAACGGCCGCCCAGACCGCCCCCCGCGGCAUCCCCAAAAAGCUGCAUUCAUGGAUAGACUACAACGCCACAUCCGCCACGCUCCAGGUCCGUCUCUCUGCCUCGCGCCUCCCCAAGCCGCCGCGCGCGCUGCUCUCCCACCCGCUCCAUCUCCACUCCGCCCUCCUCCUCCGCAGCACCAAGCCCAUGCUCGCCGGAUUCGCAUCCUCCCACGCCAACUGCAGCCUCUUCAGCUGGGCCUUCAGGGCCAACCACGGGCCUCCCUACCUCAUGCACUCCCAGCCACUCAAUCCCACCGGCUUAUCGCUCACCACGCCGCUGCCACACCGCCUCCCCCGCGCUCCCCCGGGCAACCGCUACCCCUGGGUUUCGCUGCUGUUGGCGGCCGCGUGCGGCGCCGUCUUCACAUUCGUCGUGCUCUUCGUCUGGUACUCCAUGUGGAAGCGCCGCCCGGUCGCGCCGGUGGAGUACCCCAUGCACCCGUCCUCCUCCGACAUCGUCUACGAGAAGAUUGUGCUGGUCGGAGUCAAGGACCUCCCUGCCGAUGUCACCGCAGCUGCUCACAAGUAGCCGCUAUCCUCUCCUCUAGAUUCUACUGCAAGUGUGCUCCUGUAACUGUAAGUAGGAAAUUGUUGCUAGCAAGCGCGGUGGAAAAUGCAGAUUUUGCCGGCAAAGCGAACAACGCAAAUUCUGCACUUCCCACCGGGAUUAGGAUUCGAUUGCUCUUUCUAAAUUGUAACUUGUCAAUUGUCAUGUUAUCCACCACUGCUACCACUUCUUCUUUGUAUGCUUAUUAGUCCAUGUCCUAGUACUAUUCAAGAGCUCUCUUAUCAUCUCUAAUGGACAGAGUAACAUGAUGUUUGUUUUUUC